CCAGACCAAACCAAAGGACUCAGAAAUGAGGCAGGCGCCCCCAAGCACCCUGCAGCUGCUCUUCCGAGGCAUUUCCCACGACGGCCAGGGCCGGGCCUUGUACCUCCGGGAGCGGCAUCGGCAGAAGCCAGAGGAGAAGUUUCAGUACCCGGUCUUGUCAUCCUGGGAGUACGGCUGGCAUGUGGGGGAUGCUGUGAAGGACACCAGGCCUUCCGUGUAUGCCAGAUCCCAGCCCAUUACACAGACCUUUUACAACAAAAGUGGUGUCUUCCAUUUUUCACGGCGAACAGACCAGCUAAUGUGAACUCGCACGGGAUUCAGACGCGGCUCCUUCCUUUUCCCUUGGUCCGUCUGGGUCCCGCAGAGGGGAGACGCUGCUGGUGCCACCUCCCUGUCAUGUGCAGCCCUGCCUCUGCCGAG